UCCCGGCACUUGAAGCAGCUCGCUUCCAACAGUUCGCUAUCACACAAUAACGUGAAGCUGUGUGAGCCUUUGUGACUUAUUCGUACAAAAGCGGGUGGUACCCAACGGUCACUUGUGCAGUCGUUGGGUUACGUCAACUUUACUGUUGUCUUGACAGGAAGUGGACUUUCAGAGUUCCGGUUCCGAUCCCUGCAAUGAACGCGGUGCGAAGGAAGCUGCGACUUGGCUGAGGCACGUAGGAAUAGACACCUUGUAGGAGGGCAUCUGUAGUAGCAGGAGCUUCCGCUAAUACCGCCACACAACAAGGCGAAAGACUGAUUGCACGCUUUUCAUCUAUGCUAUGGAUAGAGGCGAGCCCAUGGAAGAAACGUCUCAAGAAGACAACCAAGACUCUGUGUCCUCGAGCAAUUCUGCUGGAAGCCCCACAUCGAGCACUGUCAUGGUGGAUGCUGCCUCUGAGAUGAGACCUGAACUAGCCCACCGUUCAGAAGACGUCUGUGGAAAGAAGUACUCAUACCUCGCACGUCCAGAAUCGCAUGGAAAUCGCGUGAAGGAGUAUGCUGUGCUGCACACCAGGCCCAUACAUGUGACGUACGCGUCGUUGGAAAACAGAGUGUUCUCGUUCGGCCGUUAUCCUGCAACUGCGAAGGGAAACACAGAAAGAAUGGCAAAAGCUGGAUUCUUCUACACUGGUGCUCAAGAUCGAACAACCUGCUUUCAGUGCGGCAACUCCCUUUGCAGUUGGAGCGACGAGGACGACCCAUUAUUUGAACACGCCAGGUGGUACAGAGACUGUCCUUACGUCAUUCUGCAGCUUGGUGAUGAGACUAUCGAGAACAUCAGACGGGAGCACAGCAAUACACUGGCAGAGAGAAGUCUUGCAGAAAGGAGCAAGUCUGACAAAGCAACAGAGUUCUUGGUAGUGAACCUAAAAUCAUCAUAUCUUGUCCGCCGCCUGAUUUUACAAGGCAUCAACCCGGACAUCGUGGAGUUAGCGAUACGCGCAAGACUUAACAGCACGGGGUUGGUGGACGUGCUCGAGGAGCAAGACCUACGCAGGGCGCUAGGUGAAGUCGUGUCUUUACCACAAAACGUCAGAACAAGGGAAGUUCCAAAAGCUGAUACAGGUGACUUGAGCAAGUGCAUCAUCUGCAAGACGGGAGACAGACACAUCAUCUUCCUUCCAUGCAGUCAUCUUGUCUCCUGCACUGGAUGUGCCGCAUCCAGCACAGUCUGUCCCUCAUGCAAGCGCAAGAUCGCAACCACGAGGGAGGUUUUCUUGGCCUGAAAACAUGGAAAAGCGACGGAUACGUAAAAGGCCGGCUGUCGUUCGGCGUUACACCCCUCAAUAUUCGACACAUGCCGGCGGUGUCCCGACAUUGCAGGGACACAUCGAGAAUGCUGACAGACCUAUAAGACAGAUUUAUACUCCGACGUGCGACUGGCAACGCGAACGGUGGAUGAAGAACGUUCUCCGUUGGACUGCCACUAAUUAUCAGAAAAAAGGUGCAACGAGUACGUCAGGGCACACCCGUAUGCUGAUCUGGUGUGUCGGAUGGCUGACAACGUGCGAAGUGUGUUUAGCCUGAGGCGUUGAACACGCGGUGCGCACCACUGGACGUUGACUGCCUCACGACGUAAAGCCGAGAAUCAUUAUUAUUAUUAUUUGGAGAGCACGGCAUGCCUUUUAUUGGGUAACAUCUUGUAUACAGGGUGUCCCAACUAAACGCGAACAUACUUUAAAAAAUUGCGCCCUGGACAAAGAUUAGAAGGAAACAGAAAAUGCAACCCAAGACAAGGGCAGUUCCGAUAGCGUCACCCGGUACAUUUGUCUUUGUCCUUCGCCCUCUCACAUCGGGAGUAAAGGAAAGACGCGUCUCUGAAGACGUGCAAUGGACAAACUCAAUAAAAAAAUGUUGUUCC